AUGAAUAGAUACUCUUUGAAUGUUUAUCAAGUAGUUUGCUUGGUUAUUGGUUUGUGUUGUGUUUGGUGUAGUGCUGUUAGGAAUUCAGAUGAGAUGGAGUUGGCUGAUAUAUCUAAAGACGCCACGUUAGAUAUAGAUAGUCAAAUAAAAUCGGUUUAUGCUGAACUAACAAACGAAAUAGACAAUCUGAAACUCUUAAACGAGAAUCAAACAAAGCAAAUAGAUCUAAUAAAGCAGGGCCAACAGAACCUCAAGAAAGAAGAACGAGAGGUUUAUGAGAAGUCGAAGUCAACCCAAAGCGAUUGCAGCUUCUCUGACAAAUCAAAGGAUAGAUUCAGACAGAAGAAGAUUGAGUUACUAUCUCAACUAAUCAGAGAAGAAGUAAUACAGAAAAGUGUUAAUAUAGUUAUCCAACAAAUGGAACAACGGUUAUUUGAAUGCAAGAGGAUCCAGACGUCAAAGAAAUCGAAAUCGAAAUCGAAAUCGAAAACGAAAACGAAGCGCGAAGAUAAGCUAGCAGAUAUAGUACAACAACUAAACCAAAUUAAGAGUGCCUUAACGGGCCUACAAAAGCCAUCUCGGAGAGAAGAAAGAAUCAUAGCUGAAAAUAAUCUAAUCACAAUAGGUGCCUAUUACAAUUACAUUGUAUUAAAAAGCCGAAUCAAAGUGAUCAUAAUAGAAGAACUAACGGAAAUGGUACCUAAGAUUGAUAUGUUAAACGGGAACGAUCUAACAAAUGUUAUGGAUUCAAUGAUAGAUCAAGUAUUGAAGUAUGAUAAACUCAAAAGCCCCAACAGCAUAUCUAGGAUAAUUGAAAAAACGCUAGCUCAACUUGAUGGUACAUCUAAAAACACGGAAGUCAAAAGUGAAAGUGAAAGUAAACAGGAGCCCACUGAUUCAGAACCCUCUAAUUCAAGAGCACAAUUAUGCAAUCCCCAAACUAACGAAUCAGGCAUGGACGGUAAACUUCAUUCAAGUAACAAAUCUGCUGAUCAAGAUUCUACGUCAUCUUUUAAUAGAUAUGGGCUUAAACUACCCGAAUUGGAUCAAAAGGAUUGUACACCUAAUUUAAACUCAAAGGAAGUAAAGCUUCUCUGGAAGUUUAUAAGUAACAGCAACGAGUACACAACAACAAAUGAAGCCCCACCUGUUUGGAGAGCGUUUAAUAUCAACGAAGAUAAUCAACCCAGAAAGUAUGGAGUAUUUAACACUUCGUUGCAAUAUGAUCAUAAGGUUUAUCUGAGUCUUGAUUGGGAAGAAAGUGAACUGAUGGAGUUACUAGAUGUCUUAAAGAAGUUCAAUCAAAUCAUAUUCAAUGUGGAAAAAGUCUGGCUAUGGUAUCCUCGCGGCCCGGCUGGUUUAUUAGUCCUAUCCCAGCUCUUAACACUCAUCCAAAACCCAGAGUUGAAUGCUAUGAAGAAACCUCUUGAGAUUACUAUCUCUUUGCCGGAUAUAACUUGCCCUUCUUUGGAGUCAUCAUUCAAUGAUGUCAAGAAACGAGAGCAGUUCCGAAACCAAAUUGAGGAGAUCGAAGAGUCGCGAUACAUUAUCCGCAUGAGUAUUCAUGGACUCACAUCAAAUGUGCAGAAAUUCAUUUGGCCACUAGUAACUCAUUUAUCAAUAUCCAAAAUAGAUAUAGUCUACCCCAAUAUGACCAAGAUAGAUUUUCUCGAUGACGUCAACUGGAUAAACGAAUUCGUCCUCAGAUUAGAGCUAGACUACCAAAAGGACCUUACUAUUAGUUUAGGAGCCAGAACCGCGAAAGACAAAGAUCUCCCGUUUUGUGCUUAUCUAAGCAUUAGAACUAACCUUUCAAACCAAGGCCAACCGCCUAGCAGCUCCGCAGAGAUUCAUGCUACAGGUCUUACUGAAUAUAUUGGGCCCAAUUCUUUUGUUAAGAAUGGCAAGACCUUAUGCACUUCAUAUUGGGUGUCCCCUGGCAUUUCAACAAAAGAUGGCCAUAAGUUGGAUCAUUUGAAGCGGAUUAACUAA